AUGGAUAAACCUGAGCUAAGUGCAGGUGCUCUUAAAAGAAUAUUAUGCGAUAAUUCAAAUUUAUCUACUGGAACAAAUUCAUCCAUCAUGGAACCCAUUUUGCAACUAUUAGGUGUUGAAAAUGUUUCUGCACAUGGUGUCAAGCGUUAUAAAAUAAUAUUGUCCGAUGGAAGUGUUUCUUACAAAUAUUGUGCAGUUCUUGGUUCAUUAGUACAAAGUUUUGAAGACGAGAUCUUCACAAAAUUUGCUGUUUUAAGUCUUAGUACUUAUAAAUUGAUGGAAACUAAUAAUUGUGAUAAUGUCAUAAUAGUUGUAACAGGUGCUAAGCUCAUGGUUUCUGGUUCUUCUGUUAAUGAAAUCAUUGGUGGUCCAGUUUCAUUGGAAUAUGGCAAAAAAUCAAAUAUCAGUGCGCUGGAUUUAUUAGAGGCUGGUAAUUCUAAACAUGGGUUAGAUGAUACACAAGAACGCAGAGACACAGGUCAGAUGGCUGUUCCCAUUUCUUCAAUUAAUCAGUACAUAAAGAAUUGGACUAUUCGUGGCAGAGUAACACAUAAAAGUGCUAUUAAAACUUGGAAUAAUAGUAAUGGAUCUGGCAAAUUAUUUACAUUUAAUUUGACUGAUGAAUCUUGCGACAUAAAAAUAACAGCAUUUCGUGGAGAGUGUGACAAAUAUUUUGACAUCGUACAUUUUGGAAAGAUUUAUUUUGUUGGAAAUUGCACUGUUAAAGAAAGCAACAAGAAAUAUUCUGAUACCAAGCAUGACUUUGAAUUGGUCUUACAUCCUGGCAGUAUAAUUAAAUUGGAUAACAACAAUGAUACUGGAUGUCCUAAAAUUCAAUUUGAUUUUGUUAAGAUUAGUAAUCUGCAGAAUAUGGAUUUAGAAUCUGUGGUUGAUGUUAUUGGUGUAUGUAAAAAUGCUGGUAAUUUGGCAACUGUUAGUUCAACAAAAUUUGGGAAAGAUUUAAAAAAACGAGAUAUUUCCUUGGUUGACGACUCCAAAAUGGAAAUUAAUUUUACUUUAUGGAACAAAGAUGCUGAAAAUUUUAAUGGUGAAACUGGUUCUAUUGUUAUUGUUAAAAAGGCUCGUUUAACUAAUUUUGGAGGUAGAAGUUUGACAACAAUUGCUUCAACUGUUGUAGAUGUUAAUCCUAAAAAUUCUGAAGCUGAUGAACUUACUAAAUGGUUUGCUGCUGCGGGUCGACAACUCAAAAGUGAAAGUUUAACAAUGGCGUUUGGUCGAAAUAAUGAUACCACACUAGUCAAUUUGGAUGCAAUUACAAGAUCGAAUGUUGCAAUUAGUACAAAUUCGAUGUUAAUUAUUAAUUGUAUUGCAACUGUUAUACAAAUUGGGAAAACAGUUUCUUAUAUGUCUUGCUUAGGAUCUUGUAAAAAAAAGUUAAUCGAACUAGAGGAUGGUUAUUACAGAUGCGGGAAAUGCAACAAAAAAAUUAUAAAAGGGGAAGAUCGGAUUAUUAUCAAACUAUGUAUUGCAGAUGCAACUAAAUCUGUGUGGGUUUCUGCAUUUACUGAAGAAGCUGAAAAGCUUAUCGGCAUGAGUAUUGAUGAGAUUAUAUCUGCUACAUCUAAUGAAGAAUCAAAGAUUGAUUCAAUUGUUGAAACCAUAUUAUUUAAAAAGUAUCAAUUCCGUAUAAGGAGUAAGCUUGAGAGUUUUAAUCCUGAGAUUAAAUCUAAUAUUAUUUCUGUAUCACCCAUAAAUCCAAUUGCUCAUAUGCACAAUAUGUUGGAUUCAAUUAAUAAAUUAAUUGAACAAUAA